AUGUCAAACGUGUGACGUGUGCUUUUGUUUUGGAAAGCUUACCGGAAGUGUUUAAACGUCACUCCCCGUUUGCCUGUUUUCAGAUCGAGUUCUGUUCCAGAAGCCGCUGUGGGUUUGACUCCUUCUCAGUUUUGCUGGUCCGUUCUGCUCAUCAGUCCGGCUGGUCUCAGACAUGGACAGGGUCUGAGGAGGUUCUAAAGACCUGAUCUAGAACCCCGGCAGUAACGUCAGCGUGGCCGUGGCGGUGGGCGUGUCCUGUUGUAGAAAUAGACCAAUGGAGAGCGACUGUCGGAUCCCUGUGGCCUGUUGUCGUCCUCGAGUCCUGCUGCUCCACGCUCUCUUCUGGGGUCUGGUUUCUCUCAGGGUGUUUGGAGCCGCCCUGUUGAGUGAAGAGAAAACUACAGCAGUGAAGUCGUUGGCUGCCCCCUGCUGGCUGCUGGAGGACUUUGUUAUCACAACUGCAUGUGCACGGUGCAAUGCUUUUCAGACAAAGUCCUGGUUAGCCUGCGUACAAACGGGCUACGUGGAGAGAGUGAACUGCACCAAAUCAAACAGAGACGAGUACAAAAGCUGUCGCUCUGCCCUGAUGGAGGAACAUCUCUUCUGGAAGUUUGAGGCCAGCGUGCUGUCCCUCACCGUCCUCUUUGCCAUCCUGGUGGUCGUCCGUCAGCGGUGGUUGGACCGUCAGGCUUCUGAAAAGGUCCGACGGCAGAUCGAGUCCAUCUGAGAGGACGGAGACUCUGGAACCAGAGCAGGACCAGCUUUGGAGUUUUUAUCCUGCUGUACUUUUUCACCAAGACUGGAUUUAAACCACUAACCCUGGUCCUGGUACUAGUCCUGGUCCUGGUACUAGUCCUGGUCCUGGUACUAGUCCUGGUCACUAGUCCUGGUGUCCUGGUACUAGUCCUGGUCCUGGUACUAGUCCUGGUGUUUUGUUUUUCAAACUGAACUUUUAUUUAACAGGAGAAGAAAAAAACGUGGAACUAAUAGUUUUAAAGGCAGUGUUGGAGAGUCUACGUCCACGUGACGUUGUCGUCCAACAGUCGUCGGUUGUAGUGUCAACAGCGCCACCCCAGACUUCAGCUGGAAACAGCAGGUCAUGUGAUCAUACCUGUUUGGUCUGAAGGACGUGAUGACAGAUGGUUUGUGGGUAAAUGAGUCCCGACUCCACUUUGUUUCUUGUCCAUCACAGUGGGACACAGAUGCUGUCGUCUGAUUGGUCAGUUCACUGCAGCUGCUAAAAAGUAUUCCUUCUUCACGGGAUUAGAUUUUGUGUCAGAACUUUAUAUUUCAUUGAAACAUUUUACUGUAAAAGUUUGUUUUUUUUCUGGGAAAAUAAACGAUGAAGACGAUGAAUUCAAGA